AUGGCGUUCAAGACUUUGUGUCUGGUACUGUGUUUGGCGUUGUACGCGAUGGAAGCACAUGGUCUCAAAACCUUUUUACCAAUUCGACGAAACGUAGACUUCUUCAGAGCCGUUCAAGCGUGUCGUAUUAUGGGAGGCCACUUGGCUUCCAUUGAGUCAGCCGACGAAAAUACUCGACUGCAUAAUGCCAUAAAAGCCGCAGUAGGCACCAUGACUAGCCAAUGGUGGAUCGGCGGUAUGGACUACGGUAAUGAAGGAACGUUCGUGUGGUACUCCUUGAACAAACCCAUCGUAUACAAAAAUUACCUCCCAAAUGAACCAAAUAACUUUAAGGGUGUGGAAAAUUGUCUAAUAAUUGACGGUGUAUCCGGUAAGUGGAACGACAUACCGUGCGAUAGCCCUGUAGAAGGUUACCUUUGUGCAUUUAUACGCUAA